AUGUCAGUUCUAGGGAGGCGUGGAGCUUGCGAGCUUCGAAAUCUGACUAUUUCAAGCCCUACAUAUGCCGCUUGUGCUUUACGACCUUUCUCUGUUCUCAACCGCCCGCAGCCUAAUUAUCCUGGCCAUGUCCCAUUGACGACUAUUGAGCGCGGUGCUCUAGCUCUGGGAUCAGCACUUGAAUCUCUGAUUAACCCGAGAAGAGCAGACCUCAUUGCAGCCCUCGGCGAAGCCACCGCAACUCCAUAUUUUAUUUACCGUCUCCGUGAUGCCAUGCUCUCCGACCCCACGGGUCGACGUAUCCUCCGUGACCGGCCCCGCAUCACCUCCGAAACCCUCCAAAUGUCCCAUCUCCGCACGCUCCCCGAGAACUCCGUCGGCCGCACGUACGCCAAAUGGCUCGACCGGGAGGGUGUGUCCCCAGAUACCCGAGACAACGUGCAGUACAUCGACGACGAAGAGUGCGCCUACGUCAUGCAGCGGUACCGCGAGUGCCACGACUUCUACCACGCGGUGACGGGGCUGCCGAUCUUCGUGGAGGGCGAGCUUGCGCUGAAGGCGCUGGAGUUCUUGAAUACACUCCUACCUAUGACGGGACUCAGCCUCUUCGCAUUUAUACGGAUGAAGCCUGCGGAAAAAGAGCGCUUCUUGUCGUUACAUUUGCCGUGGGCGGUACGCAGUGGAUUGGGCAGUAAGGAGUUGAUCAAUGUGUAUUGGGAAGAGGUGCUGGAGAAAGAUGUGGAUGAGCUCAGGUCUGAGCUGAACAUCGAGCGGCCGCCGGAUCUCAGAGAGAUUCGGAAAAUGAUUCGGCAGCAGCAGAAGCGGGAGAAGGAGAGGCAGCAGCAGCUGUAG